UUUUUGAAGAGACCUCCAAGGUUACCUUGAGUUCUUAGCAACUGACAGUCUGCCUAUGCUUGGAAAUCAUACUCUGCUUGAAGUCUGUUUUGUUAAGUGAAUUUCUGUUUAAAUCAUGUUUAAGUUAACUAAUUUAGUUAAAUCUAAUGUCCUAAGUGGGCUUGUUCGUAAUGGAUUUACUCAAACUUCAAGUGGUGUACACAAAUUACCUGAUUUACCAUAUGAUUUCAAUGCCUUGGAACCAACCAUUUCUGCUGAAAUAAUGCAAUUACAUUAUACCAAACAUCAUGCUGCUUACGUUACUAAUUUGAACAUCGCCGAAGAGAAACUCGCAGAGGCUUUAUCAAAGAAUGAUGUUGCUACUGCCAUCAGUUUGGGACCGGCUUUACGAUUCAAUGGUGGCGGACAUAUUAAUCAUUCGAUCUUUUGGCAAAAUUUAUCACCAAAUGGAGGUGGACAGCCUGAAGGUCUUUUAUUGGAUUCAAUCAAGUCAUCCUUUGGAUCAUUUGAUAACCUUAAAUCACUUAUGAACGCUGCUGCUGUCGGUGUUCAAGGCUCUGGCUGGGCUUGGUUAGGCUAUAAUCCAGUCAACAAAAACCUUCAAGUCGCCUCUUGUCCAAAUCAAGAUCCUCUUCAAGCAACAACUGGUUUGAUUCCUCUGCUCGGUAUCGAUGUUUGGGAACAUGCUUAUUAUUUGCAAUACAAAAAUGUGAGACCUGAUUAUGUUAAAGCAAUCUGGAAUGUAAUCAAUUGGAGAGAUGUUGGUGAUAGAUUAUCAAAAGUCAAAGCAUAAAAUAUUUUACUAAAUACACAGCCAAAAAUAUUAUUCUGAAAAAGGCUCUUUGUUUCUAGCAAUUUUUGGAUCCAUGAAUUCAUAGAAUUUAAAAUCUAUUGAAACGUAAAAUCUAUAAAAACGUUGUAAAUGCCAAGAAAAUCUAGAAGAUGAUCUAAUUUAGAUUUAAAUCCAUUGGUUAAAUAAAUGAUCGUUCAAUUUUAUUUUAA